GUUAAAAAUAGCAUAGCACCGCUAGCGUAUUGCUGCGACUACUCAAGAUACAUUCCUACUGGAGGAGUUGCCUACAUAUCUGGGUGUCAGUGGCAAGAAUCUGUUUUAGGAUCUAACCAGUGAAAAUGUCCGAUCAAGAGGGCAGCACGUACCCUUUUAGGGACAUUAACAUGGAGGACAGUCGGUUCUUUUGUGUCCAUUCUCUCAAAGAUGAAAGACACGCACAGUUCAAGUGGAAGAAGCCUCAGUUUCCAGAUCGAGACAUGCUAGUAUCUACGUUGUGUUACGAACAGGCGUGUUUCCUUGAUGAAGUGGUCAAGGACAAGAACAAGGAAAUAGAGAUCCUGCGAAAACAGCUGAUGAAAGUCAAUGAAAUGAACUACAAACUCACAAGGCAACUCCAAAGACUGGAACGAAGACUGAAGUGAAAGGUUAUUGCUUCAAGACACAUGGUAGUUUCUAAAGGUUCUUUCAACACUUCUGACAACCACAGAAGGCACAUCGGUAAAGCGCAUAAUAUGAAUGGCUUGUUUGAUGUGGAACACGAUUCAUUUUUUAUUUUCAAGCAUAUCUCAACCUCGAUGAGACAAGAUUUGAAAACACGAAUUUCAGACUACCAAUAAGCGCUAUAUACCUCUCAACAUGUAUACAGUUUUCUUUCUUUUUUGUGCGACUUGUAUUGCAUGUCGGUUUCUUGGAUUGAAAUUGUGGAUGACUUUCCUCUUUUUCAAGGACUGAUCAAGGCGAAUUUGUAAAGAGACCCUUGGGCGUUUUGGAAGCGAAUUAUUCUCAUCAUAUGUGGCGAAGAUGAGUUGUAAUUUUCAGUGAUCCCAUAUCAAUAUAUGUGUGUGUGCCCAAAUACACAAACAGUUUGUUCACCAGUUGUUCACUCCACAGGGUGUAUGGAUAGCAUGGAAACAUAUUUGUUCUAUCGCAGUGUUAUAAGUGGGUAAAAAUACAAGUCGAGUCUCUAAACGGCAUUUAGAAGUGAUACACAUGAGGAAGAGAAUUUAUGGGAUGUCAACGUCUUUAUUAUGAGGAACACAACGUUUCAGAGUUAUGAUAUGCUUACUCCUUCAUCAGGUGAAUGAAUGCUAUGAGGCAGAGAGCAUUAUAAUUUCCGUAAAGUGUUGGCUUCCAUUGUCUUUUGCUGAUCACCUAUCCGCGCCAAAUAUCUGAUGGCUUCCCUUGUUAAGUUUCCACCCUUUGUUAUGUUAUUAUUUUCUUU